AUGGAUCUAAUGGAGGAGGGAAACGUGAGCUGUGGAGUUAAAAACUGUAGCACGCCAGGCUUCCUGAGAAACUGCUCCAACCAAGACUGCCAGGACGAGGAAAAAAGGGCUGAACUUAUUGAGUUAGUGUGUGUGACAGUGAUUAUCAUUUCACUGAUAAUCUUCGGCCUUGUUGGAAACACACUGACUGUUCUGGUGGUUUGGCUCCGCCCCAACAUGAGAAGCUCCUCCCACCUCUACCUGAGCAGCAUGGCUGUUAGUGACCUGCUGAUCCUCCUGCUGCUGCCUCUCGAUCUAAUUGAGUUCUGGACAAGCUGGAAGUUAGGAGUCUUCAUCUGUAAGUUGAGAACAUUCCUGAUAGAGUGCUGCACCUUCUGCACCAUCCUCCACAUCACCUUUCUCUCCCUGGAGAGGUACCUGGUUGUCUGCUGGCCAAUCACCUCAAAGACGCUGGUGACACGUCGCAGAACCAGGGCUCUGAUUGGCUGCCUCUGGCUGGGAGCGGCUGUCAGUGCAGCACCAUAUUUGGUCAUGAUGGAAGUGAAGAUAGAGAAGGAAGUGGAUGAUAUGAAGAGAGAGGUUGAAAAGGAAGGGUGCAGAGUAUCACAAUCCUCAUACUCCUCUGGUCUCGUGUUGGCCAUGAUAAUUCUCUAUUACCUGUAUGUCCUGGUACCCAUGUGCAUCCUGGGACUGGUCUAUGCCCUGAUUGAACGGACUCUGAGGCUCCGUCCACAAAGAAGCCGUAACGACAAGAGUCACCGACACACAAUCAAGAUGCUGGGAGUGAUCUUCUUGGCCUUUGUCCUGUGCUGGCUGCCCUACAUCGUCGCUCUGACCAUGAUCUAUGAUUCUCAGAGAACUGGUGCUGAAAGUCGGGGAACCAACACCGACACAAACACACACUCGGACAUGAACACUCCUCCUGAAAGCACAGGCAACAUGGCCUCUGUUACCGAACCUGUUAGCCUCUCAGACUGGGACCUGAAGACACAAGCUCACACAAAGAGAGAUGAUGCACUCUGGAAAAAAACAAACAACGAGAUCGACACACACAGUGAUGCAGACGCACACUUGGUGGACCAACAACCUGAAACGCUCACUGACCCGGGCGCAGGUUCUGACGAUACGAGCGCACAUAAUGUUGUAUCACUCGACAUCAGAGCUGGAGAAAGCUCACACAACGUGGGUACUUGCACUGAAAUAGACAAACACUCAGAGAUACACAAUACUUCACAUAACAAGCAAAACCCAGCCUUUUGCAUAAAGUCACAAAAGGCAACAAAGUAUUUUUACCUGGUCGCCUGGAUCCUCUCCCGUCUCAGUGCUGCAAUCAACCCUCUGGUGUACAACCUGAUGUCCGCCAGCUAA